AUGGCGUCGCACGGAGAAGGGGCGUCCAGUGGCCCCAAAGACCAAAGCGAGAAUGGCACCAGGAACGAGCCCAAGGCUGGUGACUACAUCCAAUGGAAGUCUCUCCCCCCCGGUGGUGCUCUAAACCGAUGGUCGCACUCUAUCACGAAGGGACAUGAUUUUCCAGGCGCCCAAGCUAUGCUCUUUGCCGCCGGUGUUCCCGACAUGAAGACGAUGAAGAACUCUCCCCAGGUCGGCGUUGCCACUGUAUGGUGGGAGGGCAACCCGUGCAACACCCAUCUCCUUGACCUUGGCAAGAUCGUCAAGAGGGCUGUGGAGAAGGAGGGAAUGCUAGCUUGGCAGUUCAACACCGUUGGGGUUUCGGAUGCCAUCACGAUGGGCGGCGAGGGCAUGCGAUACUCGCUACAGACGCGCGAGAUCAUCGCCGACAGCAUCGAGACCGUCACCUGCGCUCAACAUCACGACGCCAACAUCAGCAUCCCCGGUUGCGACAAGAACAUGCCAGGCGUCGUCAUGGCCGCCGCUAGGCACAACCGACCCUUCCUCAUGAUCUACGGCGGGACUAUCCGGAAGGGCCACUCCAAGCUGCUUGAUAAAGACAUCAAUAUCAGCACCUGUUACGAGGCGUCAGGCGCCUACAUCUACGGCCGUCUCCAGGCCAAAUGCCCGCACCCCAACGGCACCGAGGCGAGCCCGUCCGAUGUCAUGGAGGACAUCGAGAAGCAUUCGUGCCCCGGCGCUGGUGCCUGUGGCGGUAUGUAUACGGCCAACACGAUGGCCACGGCCAUAGAGGCCAUGGGUCUGACCCUCCCCGGAUCCUCGUCGUACCCGGCCGAGUCUCCCGAGAAGGCCCGCGAGUGCGAGCGUGCCGCCGAGACCAUCCGCAUGGCCAUGGAGAAGGACAUACGCCCCCGCGACCUGCUCACCCGCGCCGCGUUCGAGAACGCUCUCGUGCUGACCAUGGUCCUCGGCGGCAGCACCAACGGCGUGCUCCACUUCCUGGCCAUGGCCAACACCGCCGACGUGCCCCUCACCCUCGACGACAUCCAGCGCACCAGCAACCGCAUCCCCUUCCUCGCGGACCUCGCCCCCAGCGGUAAGUACUUCAUGGAGGACCUAUACGAUAUCGGUGGCACCCCCGCGGUGCUCAAGAUGCUCAUCGCGGCCGGCCUCAUCGACGGCUCCAUCCCAACCGUCACGGGCAAGACACUCGCCCAGAACGUCGAGUCCUGGCCCUCGCUGGACCCGGGCCAGCAGAUUAUCCGGCCACUCUCGGACCCCAUCAAGGCGACGGGCCACCUGACCAUCCUGCGCGGCAACCUCGCGCCGGGCGGCGCCGUGGCCAAGAUCACGGGCAAGGAGGGCCUCAGCUUCACGGGCACGGCGCGCGUCUUCGACAAGGAGCACGCGCUCGACGCCGCCCUGGCCCGCAGCGAGAUCCGCGCGACCGACGGCAACCUCGUGCUGAUCGUCCGCUACGAGGGCCCCCGCGGCGGGCCGGGCAUGCCCGAGCAGCUCCGCGCCAGCGCCGCCAUCCUCGGCGCGGGCCUCUCCAACGUCGCCCUCGUCACCGACGGCCGCUACAGCGGCGCCAGCCACGGCUUCAUCGUCGGCCACGUCGUCCCCGAGGCCGCCGCGGGGGGGCCCAUCGCGCUCGUCCGCGACGGGGACACGGUCACCAUCGACGCCGUCAACAGGCGCCUCGAGCUGGUCGCCGUCCCCGGCGCCGCCGGGGAUGUCGAGGCCGAGCUCGCCCGCCGCGCCGCCGCGUGGACGGCCCCCAAGACGGUGCCGCUCCGCGGCGUCCUCGCCAAGUACGCCCGGCUCGUUAGCGACGCCAGCCACGGCGCGGUGACGGACUUGGCGGAUCCGACUUGGUGA